CCUUUGUUCUCCUAUUCCUCAUCGUUUACAGAUCGCAACCGUCUCCUGGGGUUUCGAUUUUCUCAAACGAGUUCCUGUUGAGUUCUCAUCGCGCAGUAGGUGUGCAAAGGAGUCCUGCUUCCAACCCUCGUGUCUCAGCCUGUGGUGGAAAGAAAGAAAGAACGAACGAACGAACGGACGAACCACACGGGUCCUGUUUUAGGGUUGCCUCUUCCGGAGCUCCUGCGAUGGACACGCUGAUUCCCGAGAUUUGCCGGCUGCUCAACGACACCUUGAGUCCAGAGAAAGCCGUGCUAGCGUCCGCCACCGAUGGCCUGGAUCGUCUCUCGCGUUUUCCUCAUUUCCCCCUCUCCCUCCUCGCAGUGGCCACAGGUGGUGACAGCCAGGGGCUAAGACUAGCAGCGGCUGCUUACCUGAAGAACUUUGUCCGAAGUUGUAUGGAUGACGAUCCACAGUCUCUUGAACUUCAGAGGUUUCGGAACCAGCUAGCUCAGGCCCUGCUUCAAGCUGAACCUGCAGUUUUAAAAGUUCUAGUCGAAGUUUUUCGUCUGAUUGUGGUGAAAAACUUUGUGAAGGAGAAUACUUGGCCUGAACUUGUUCCCGAGCUAACAUCGGUAAUCCAAAGAAGCAAUCUUAUCAUCCAAGAUAAAAAUGCUCAAUGGAGUACCCUUAAUGCACUUACAGUGCUUCAAACAAUCCUAAGACCAUUCCAGUACUUUUUGAAUCCAAAAGUUCGAAAUGAAUCUGUACCAGUGCAGUUGGAGAUAAUAGCACAGGAAAUACUUGUGCCUUUACAAGCAACAUUUCAUGACUUUGUUAAUAAGACGUUAUCAUUUCAAGAUCCAUUUCAAGAUCAAGUACAAAGCAAGCUUGAGGAAAUCAUUCUUAUUAUAUGCAAAUGCAUGUAUUUUAGUGUAAGGUCAUAUAUGCCAUCUGCAUUGGGCCCCAUUUUACCUUCUUUUUGUCAUGACUUGUUUCGGAUACUGGAUUCAUUGAGUUUAGAUGGUGCUUCUGAUGAUGGAUCUCUGCUAAGACUGAAGAUUGCAAAGAGAGGUUUGAUAAUUUUUUCUGCUUUGGUGACACGUCAUCGGAAACACGUUGACAGGCUGAUACCUAGUGUAGUAGAUUGUGCAUUCAAAAUAGCUAAGCAGAGUGGUAACAUAUGUAGUUCUAAAACAGUGAAGGUCAUGCAGAAUUUGGAUUGUAUCUCAGAGCGGAUUAUCUCCUUGGCAUUUGAUGUCAUCUCAUAUAUAUUAGAAUCAGGCCCUGGAUGGAGAGUUGUUUCACCCCAUUUUUCUUCACUGCUUGAUAAUGCAAUCUUCCCAGCGCUGGUUUUGAAUCAAAAGAGUGGGAUGAGGAUGCUGAGGAGUACAUACGGAAGAAUCUCCCUUCUGAUAUUGAUGAAAUUUCCGGAUGGGCUGAAGACUUAUUUACUGCAAGGAAAAGUGCAAUUAGUUUACUUAGUGUUAUUGCAAUGUCGAAGGUCGUUGAAAUUGACCAAUAUAAAAGAGGGUGACAUAAUGCACGAGGCUCCUGCUGGCGUGGGGCUUGGGAAGGGUCAUGGUCCACGUAUUGCCACUGCCACUACUAAACGUAAAAAAGCAGACAAGAGCAAAGGAAAACAACAGGAAUCCUCUAUCGGGGAACUCUUGGUUAUACCAUUCCUGUCCAAGUUUCCUAUGCCCUAUCAUGGGGAUAAGGCCUCAUCAAAGAUUGUGCACAAUUACUAUGGUGUUUUGAUGGCUUAUGGCGGUCUUCCAGAUUUCCUGAGGGAGAGAAAUUCUGAGUAUACAACUACUUUAGUUAGAAACCGUGUGCUUCCAUUGUAUUCAUCAUGUCCAUUUGUUCCAUACUUGGUUGCCACAGCAAAUUGGAUAAUUGGGGAGCUUGCUUCCUGCCUUCCUCAGGCCAUGAGUUCAGAUGUUUAUGAUUCAUUGAUCAAGGCAUUGACUAUGCCAGAUAUAAAUGGUAUUAAUUGCUAUCCUGUCCGUGCUUCUGCUGCUGGGGCCAUCAUAAGGCUUCUUGAGAAUGAGUAUGUUCCUCCUGACUGGCUGUCCGUCCUGGAAGUUGUGGUUAACCAGAUUGCUAAUGGAGAAAAAAAUGAGUCAUCUUUUCUGUUUCAUCUUCUAGGCACUGCAGUUGAGGCUGGACAAAACAUAAUUUCUGCUCAUAUUCCAAUGCUCAUCUCUAGUGUGGUUGGUGCAAUUGUCAACCACAUACCUCCAAUUCCGGACCCUUGGCCACAGGUGGUUGAGCGAGGUUUUGCUGCAUUAGCAGCCAUUACAAAGACCUGGGAGGCUUCUAGUGCAAGUGAAGCCCUGGAACAUGAUGACAGGAAGUGGGAGUCUGCCCAGGCAGUAAUUGCAAGGACAUUUGCAACUUUGUUGUAUCAGGCUUGGGCAGUGUCUGUGCAGUCAAUUGAUUCAGCAGAUAGAAGUACAUCACCACCUCUAUCAUGUUUAGAUGAUGCCUCCACAUUGCUUGGAUUGAUCUUGAAGUCUGCUACUAAAAAGAAUGAAAUUGAAGAAUUGAAAAUACCAGAGUUGUUAGCCUUAUGGUCUGACCUUAUAUCAGACUGGCAUGGUUGGGAAGAGAUGGAGGACUUGGCAGUUUUUGAUUGCAUUCAAGAAGCUGUCAAUCUACAGAGAAGAUGUGAUUCUACAAACUUCUUGUUGACAAGGAUAUCAUCUCGUGUUUCUCCUGGUGUGGACCAAUCGAUUAUUGAAGGUGUCUCUGCUUUUGUCACCAAGGGCAUUAUGGCAUACCCAUCUGCUACUUGGAGGGCUUGUUCAUGUGUUCAUGAAUUACUACAUGUCCCUUCAUUUUCAUUUCAGAUGCAAUGUGUCAAGCAGUCCAUUAUUACUUCGUUCACACAGGCAGCUUUUUCUCAUUUUAAGGAUUUGCGUAACAAGCCUACUGGGCUUUGGAAGCCUUUGUUGCUGGUCAUUUCAUCAUGCUAUAUAUUGUGUCCUGAAAUUGUUGAGCAAGUCUUAGACCGAGACGAGGAUAAUGGCUUUAUGAUUGUUGCAUGCGGGUUGGCACAUGUCUCAUCAAGAUCUUUUGAUUCUGGUAUUUCAUCAGUAUCUGAGAUCAAGUUAGCUGUGAUUACACUGGAAAAGUUUGUUGAGCGACUUGUAGCCUUCCCAUUGGAGGAUGGCAAUAAGGUUUUGCAAGAUUGUCUUGUGUCCUUGAUGGAGGCAUUCCUGCAUCUUAAAGAAGUCGAGGAGAAAGAAGCUGAAGAGAGUGAUAGCGAAGUCAUAGAUGAUGAAUAUUCAGAUGAAGAGAUUAGUGAUAACGAGGAUUCUGAGGACGACGACCUAGAAGAGACACAAGAAGAGUUCUUGGAUAGAUAUGCAAAAGCAGCUGAUGAACUAAGUGAAGUAGUUGCAGGAGACAUAGAAGAUGGAGUCCAAGAUCUUGAACUAGGCCCGGUUGAUGAGAUUGAUGUGCGAGAAGAAGUUCUAUCCUUAAUAAGGAGACACCACCAAGUUCUAUUGAAGGGGCAAGUGUUGUCAUCGGGCCUCAUCCAACAGAUGCUUGAUGCAUUUCCAGAAUGCACCCCUCUAUUGCAAGUACAUUGACAAAGUCAGCUUGGGCAUUCUUGAAACCCAAAUGCAGAUGUUUGUUCUGUUCUCUAUAUAUGUUGUGUGACCCCUACUUAUUUUUGAGGAUGUCAUUUUAUUUGCCAAAUUCUAUUGUGAUUAAUUUUCUUUUUCUUCCUCCAGCUUGUUCUCUAUAUAUUUACGUUGUAUAUCGGGUUUCUCAUCGGUGCAGCUCUGUUCUUUCCUUUUUUUUA